UUGCAGGCAACUCGGGGAUUCCUUGCUCCGAAUCCGUUUGCCCCAACGGGGAAUUUCAGGCUUGACCAAAAGCCUGGGAAAACUUGCCACACCUGAGCCACAUGCAAGCUAAAGGGGCCGCUCCCAUUCCGCUCCCCACUCCCACCGCCCCAGUGGGCGCUACCACCCGGCCUGGAGCCAGCUGCCACUCGGCUCAUGGACACUUUCCUCUUUCACUUUUCUUUUUCGCAUUAGAGAGAGUGGUUUCUCUGGAGGCCUGGGGAAGCCCUGGUGACCCGAGAAGGCGUAGGACGGGCUUCCUCAAGCUGCCUUCAGCGCAGAGCCGAGCGCUGCUGCCCUCAAGUUCGCCGCUCCGGCCCCCGGCUCCCGGCCACAACCUCACCGCACCUCAGAACCUGCUUGCAAGCCGGGACCCUAUGGCGGUAAGGGAGACCUAAUCCAAUUCCUGAUGCAGCCAUCUGGCUCCAUGGAGUGAGAUCGCAGCAUCAUGCACCAUGCUGGUGAUGUCACGGGCACCACAAAAGACAACGAGAGCAUACAGUCGGCCUAUUAGGGGUAGGAAAUCAUACCUAAGAAGCUCACCUAUCCAGUGCUACUUGUACCUCAUUUUAAAUGGCCAUUUUUUCAGUUUUUUAACUGAAGCUGGAACUCAUUUCUUCAUUCUCAGCUGUAUCAGUGCCCAUCUGCCUAAAACUGAAGCUUCCAACUGGGAGUUUGUCAUAAGGGAUUUAGAGCUGCUUAAAGAUCUCACCAACAAAACUGAUAUCAGCAGUCUGUAUACUGAAAGUGAUGCCCAUCCAAGUUGCAAAAUCACCAUGUUGAGUUGCUUCCUUCAGGAGCUUCAUGUGAUUUCUUAUGAAAGUAAUAAUGAUGAAAUCAAUCAAACAGUGGAAAAUAUCAUCAUCCUUGCCAGUUCCACAUUAUCAUCAGAUGAGAACAAAGCAGAAUCAGGAUGUAAAGAAUGUGAGGAACUGGAAGAAAAAAACGUGGGAGAAUUUUUAAAAAGCUUCACACACAUGGUCCAGUCAUUUAUCGGCACUGCCUAAUGUCAUUUGCUGUCCCUUCAGCACUUCUCUCAGUGAAAACUUUCUUCAUGACCUUCUUUAGGCAAAGACCUCUCUCCAUGUGCUGCCAACAUGUGUGUUUCUAUUCAAUAAUCACCAAGACUGUAGAAUUCUCUUCCUGGAACAAAAAUGGAAAAUGUGCCUUCUUUUGACUUUUUGUUUUUAAUUUAUUAGUGAAACUCUAUAAUGUCCUAUUACAGAGUUUUAACUUGUACCUAAAUUACAUGGGAUGGGAAAUAAAUGCUAUUUUGCCCUGAAGUAGGCCUCACAUCGAAAGAACAGACAUAUUUGAACAAGAUUGUUAGAAAGAAAAGAAAUGAAGCAAGAUAACAACAGAGUACAGAGGAAAGGGGGCUGGAUUUUGAGGGGAAAGACUCUUCCUCUGCAGCUUCCUACUUGUAUGACCCGAGACAACUCACCUAACCUUUCUGGGGUUGUUCCAGCUUCUUCAAUUGUAAAAGGAAGGUGUUGGGCUAGAUAAUAUUUACAUGGAGCUUUAAGGUUUGCAAAGUGCUUUACAACUCUUAUCUCAUCUUAUCCUUGUAACAACCCUGGAGAUAGACAGUAUCCAUCUUUUUCUUUACAAAUGAGGAAGCUGAGGCAGACAGAAGUUAAAAUGAUUUGCCAAAAGUCAAACAGCUACUCUAAGGUCAGAUUUGAAUGCUUUCAAAGGUUGGAUUUAUGUCCAACUAGAAUUUUGUGAAUUGAAAAAUUAUUUUAAUAUUUAUGUCAUCCAUAUAUAAAAUGAUUUUUCAGAAAUGGCAGCCCAUGUCAGGAUUAUUGAGACUCAGCACACAAGAGUUUUUCAGUAGUGUUAUUCUCCAUCUAUGGAUGACAACGCAGCAUUCAUGAAAUCUUCCUACCUACAAUGCAGCCUAUUUCCCCAAUCAUGAAAUAGGGAUAAUAAUAGUAUCUACCUCCCAGGGUUGUUGUGAGGGUAAGAUAUUUGACACUUAGCUUGGUGCCCGGCACACUAUUGAUACUAUGUAAAUGCUAGCUAUUAUCAUCAUUUUUAUCAGCCUCCAUCUUUAACACUGCCCCACCAUGAGACAAGAUGGCUAUAUCCCAGCCAUUGCAAUGGAAGAUUUAGAAAUAUCUCAGGUUAAGUUGCCAAAGAGUUGGCCCACACAAAUGAAGCAUCUAGCCUGAUGGUCCUGGGGAAAUAACAGAGAUGUUGGAAGACAGAGCCUGAUGCUGUUUUCCCAAACUAGGGACUUCAGGUGAAAGGUGAAGGGCAAAUCUGGAUCAAAGAAAAAGGCAAUGUAGUACCCAGUAGAAUGAGCUUUGGCUUUGGAGUCCAAGGAUAUGUAUUCAAAUUUAUCCUCUAAUAACAAAAUCUGGACAUCUGUUUCUUCAUCUGUCAAAUGAAAAUGUUAGAUUAGAUGGCCUCUGAGGACCCUUUCAUCUCUAAACCUAUGAAGAAAACUACCCAUUGAACUGUUUAUUUUCUGCCUUUUCGAUGUGUAGCAUAUAACUCAGGUUACAAAGUAUCCACAGUGUUCAGGUUAUUAUAUUAAAGAAACUGUUUUGAUUUAUA